ACGGAAUUGCCAUAUAGCGAAACCUGGAACGGACGGUCUAGAUAUCUUUUUUUUAUGACUAGAAUUAAUAAUUAAAAAUAACGUUUAAGUAUAGUCCGCUUUGUAAAAUGGUUGCAUAGACGACUCUCUGUUGUUAAGAAGAUGGAUGUUGUUCUUAUUUCAACUACUUCUUACAGAAGUUCAAGAAUUUUUAUGGUGGCAGUUGAACAAGUGUUUAGGUUAACCCACGAACCAAUAAUAAACUUACAAAAUCAAAAUGAAUGUUGAAAACAAACCAUUACCUACAUUGUCUCGUUUUUUUAUUGGGGGUGCAGCAGGCAUGUGUGCAUCAUCAAUCGUUCAUCCAUUAGAUUUAAUAAAAACUCGUAUGCAAAUGAGUGGCAUUGGCGAACGAAGGGAGCAUAGAAGUAUUGUGCAUACUUUUAUGAGCGUGAUGCGAAGAGAAGGACCUUUAGCUUUUUAUAAUGGAAUAUCCGCAACGCUAUUCCGCAAUGCUUCGUACACAUCAGUUAGGUUAGGUGUUUUUACUAACCUAAAGGAAUAUUACAAGGAAUCAAAUGGCGAGUUACAUCUUUUUAAAAACGUAAUUAUUGCAAUACUUGCUGGCGCAAGUGGUGCUUUUGUUGGAACGCCUGCGGAAGUAGCUCUAAUUCGAAUGACCAGCGACGGAGCGCUUCCUCAAAACCAACGGAGGCAAUACAAAAACGUGUUUAUCGCAUUGCAACGCAUUACUCGCGAAGAAGGCAUAGCGACACUUUGGAGAGGAUGCCAACCAACAAUCGUUCGAGCUGUUAUUGUAAAUUCAGUUCAGCUUACAACUUAUACACAAACAAAGCAAUUAUUUCUAAGCAAAGAAUAUUUUAACGAUAAUAUUAAGUGUCAUGUAGCCUCAAGUGCAAUUAGUGGUUUUCUCUCUACUGUUGCUUCUUUACCUGCUGACAUAAUUAAAACGAGAAUGCAAACUAGUUCAACGAAAAAAAGUUAUUUAAAUAUAUUAUCCCAUAUUGUUAAAAAAGAAGGGUUUUUCGCGCUAUGGAAAGGUUUUACUCCAUGUUAUUUACGAAUGGGUCCGCAAUCAAUUUUAGUUUUUGUAUUUUUGGAACAAUUCCAAUAUUUAGCACAAAUGUUAGUAACAAGUUAUUAAUAUUUUAAAAAAAAUCUUUUGCACUCAAA